AUGUUGACAUUUGAAAAUGAAGAUAUAAAUUUUAAACAUCAGCUUCGGAAGUCAUUUUUUACUGUUCCUUUGCGAAUAGUUUCCGGAAAUCUAAGCUAUGAUUCCAAACAUCACAGUCCACUAUGGGUAUGGUUAGGAACAAAAAGUAUAUGGUGUCUUUGGGAAAGUUGUUCCUCAAGACAUGCUGCACAUUAG